CUAUCCAGAAGUAGCCAGCCAGUCGUCACAGGACAUCGGAACGUUUCACCCGCGACGAACAGUUGCGGGAAAUCGCGAGAAGUUCCCGCUCGAACCGCAUCUCUUCAAAAACUUGACGUUCGAAUUUUGAAAUUUUCAUAUUUUUCUCAUAGUGGAGUGGUGUUAAUAGGCAGUAUUUUUAAAUAGUUUGUAGUAGACAUACAGAUGAAUAGAUGGAGCGAAACUAGUGCCUAAUUGGUUUAACCUUAGAAAUGUCCAAUAGCCAUCAGCAGAUUAAAGCCAUAGAGUAAUCGCAGAAUAUCCAGGUAUUACUGUGAAGUGAGUGAAACUAAAAAAAAACAAUAAAAUAUGGGUAAAAUGCAAGUUGCCAUAUACAUAAAACGCAUUAAGAAACAAAAAUCGCACGAGUUCUUAAAUUGAAUUUUAAAAAAUUAAAAAAAAUGUGGAAUCCGAAUACAGUGGACAAUAGGCAGCUUGAGAAGCGAGUGGUAGUCGGAAGGGUACGGCCAACUUGGGCACGAAAUCUCCCUGAAGCGAGGGAGGAUGAAGACAAGAGCGACCAAGAGGUCGGGGUAAUGCCCCACAGCGAACCACCGUCACCAACCGAACCUUGGGAGCAGCAAGCUAAACACGAAGAUAAAUACGAUGUCUUUGGCAAGGUGAUGCUGCUCGGCGACAGCGGUGUUGGGAAGACGUGCAUGCUAGUCCGUUUCCGGGACGGCACAUUUCUAUCAGGAAACUACAUAUCCACCGUCGGCAUCGACUUCCGGAAUAAGGUAGUGACAGUUGAUGGCAUCAAAGUGAAACUUCAAAUUUGGGAUACCGCGGGGCAAGAGCGCUUUCGUAGCGUCACGCACGCGUACUAUAGAGAUGCACAUGCUUUGCUUCUGCUGUACGACGUGACGAACAAGACCAGUUUCGACAAUAUCCGUGCCUGGCUCGGCGAGAUACGGGAGUAUGCGCAGGACGAUGUCGUUAUCAUGCUAUUAGGUAACAAAUCCGAUAGCGGCCUAGAAAGAGCGGUGCGGCGGGAGGAGGGGCAGCGUUUGGCAAGAGAAUACCAAGUCGCCUUUAUGGAGACAUCAGCGAAAACCGGAUUGAAUGUAGAAGCGGCGUUCGCUCACGUGGCGCGCUCUCUAGUCGCGAAAGCGAACCCAGUCGACCCUUCGAGGCUAGCGGUGCGCGCGCAGCCGACCCAGGAACCGAAGUCAUCAUGUCCGCCAUGCUUAUAAAUUUGCGCGGUAAAAUCAAAUUUGGAAUGAUAUUGCAAAUGGAGGACCAGUCAAAGGACAUUUUGUAUAUAUUAGGCUGUAUGCAUAAUGCUAUGCAUACGACAGGGCUAUUAUGUGUCUUGAAUUAUAAGCCUUUUAUUGGACGUGUUUGAUAUGAUGAUGAGUAUUUGAAUAAUAUUUUUUUUAAACAAUGUUUACCAACAUACCUGUAUGAAAUGCCAACGUAAUAAAAAUCCAUUAAAAUCCUACAGCUGUGCAUAAAAGAGAAAUAAACACAAGAUUUAAGUGUAAUAUGUUCACUAUAUGUAGGUAUACAGUGAAAUUGAAGUCAUAGGUAACUUAUUUAUAAAACUUUCUUGUACGGAGUAAAGGUACAUAUAGCGUUCUAUACCGGUCAACCAUAGACCAGAAAUGGUUGGUGGCAGUAGAUGAAUCGAUAUAAUUGAAAACAUUUUUACAUAAAUAAUAUACAAGAUUAUAUGUUGAAAUAAAUACAUAAAGCACAAUAAAGAAUUUUGUCUAUAGUUCAAAUAAGAAGGAAGAAGAGAGCCAAAUAAAGAAUAAAUAAGUAAAGAAUUAGGUUUGAAGAGAAUUAAGAUAAUGGGUAAUGUAGUUUUGUUAAUUUUUGUGUAAUUAAAUGACAGUUUUACACAACGUACACAAGUAACACAAGUACAAUGGGCUCUGGCUUACCUAUGUGACGUGUUGAUAACAAAAUCUUUCCAAAACUAAUAUUACAUAGAUUCUAGGAAAAUUUCCUGAUACUGUAAAGCGCAUAAUAGCUGCUUUGUAAUUAAUUAAUUUUCAAAAUUUUACUCUGUACCUAAUAAAAUAUCUCAUAAUACGACUACCUACAUUAAUUUCACUCUAUACCUGACCUACAUAUCUUUCUUAUCUUAAAAGCAUUAAAUAUUUAUCUAAUUUAGAUGCCGAUGUAAGCAUGUACUUUAGACCUACCCUACAAAAAAAAAAUUGUAAAAAUUAAUACAUACGUUCAGGGCCGGGUUAUACAUUAGGCAGUUUAACCUGCCUGAUAGACCUCAUUUAGAUAUGGGCCCCGCACAUUGACAAUUUUUUUUUUUGAGAUAGUUUCUUUCAGAGAAAAUUAUAUUCGAAUUUUUGUAUCUAACUAACUAGCUUUUGUUCGUAAGCAAGACGUGUAUGACUUAGGGACCCCGACAUGGUUAAUCCGGUCCUGUACACGUUUCAUAUGCUUAGUUGUUGUAUAUUACCUAAUUAAGAAGCUUGUAAAAAUGUACCUAUAUACUUUGUUCGACGUUUAAAUCAACGUUAGAUAUUGUUACUACAAUUAAUUAUGUAUAAUUAGACAUGUAUUAAAGAACAUUUAGAAUAGGAGAUAUAUACCUAUUAUAUGAACAAGUAUGAAGGUGUAUUACUUUGGGAAAUACAUUCUUUCUUUGUCUACCACGCUAAGUAAAUAAAUUGGUUUUAUUAUGCAGAGUACAAAGAAAAUUACUAGCAUUCCUGUAAAUCAGUGUUCUGAGAGUGAAACAUGACAUUGCAAAGGCACAUGAGUCGGAAAAUAAAAGAACUUUUUGGACCCCACUUACCUACUUCACAAUUGGUCACACGUCAUGAUAAUAUUGAGGGCGGAAAGUAUUUUGACAUCUUUCGACCUAUGACGAAUUUGCCAAUAUGCUGAGUAGGUUGGAUUCUACGGUGACAGAUUUUAGAGACGACAAAUUUGACGACAAUUUUUUUUAUAAUCAUGCAAAAUUUACCUAGAAACUACAGCAUGGGGUUCUUCAAAAAGGGCGUAUUAUGUUUUCUUAAGAGUUGGUAAUACGCACUUGACAUCCUUGGCGUUAAAGGCGUCCAUAGGCUAUGGUAAACUUGUUUACCAUCAGACGGACUGUACGCUUGAUUGCCACCAUACUUGUAAAAAAAUAUAAGUUAUAAUUUAUAGUAAAACCAAAAUAGUAAUUAAUAUAAUUGUGAACUAGGGUUAGAGGUCGGUACAGGCAACAGAGUUUAAAUAGCCUACUGAAGGGCAAAUGUAUAAAUCCGUCACUGCGAUCUGUGUUUGUUUGGGAAAAAUAUACAGUUUCACAUAUAGUUUACAUAUUGACAUAAGGGGUUGCUUUUUAUUGUUAGGGAGGCGAACGAAUAGAUGGUUUACUUCGCAGAGUAUAAAUAUUGAGACCAAAAGAAAAACUAAAAAGUCUAGGUAAGAAUUAAAUAGAGGCAUUUGUAGACGCUUGGGGCUUGGGAAGAAGUAACGUGUAAACCUAGCAUAAAUGUAAUCAAUAAAGAUAUUGGGCGAAAACUCAUAAUCAUUUCAAAAUAAAUAAAAUACAAAAUGGUAUCCAAAACUGGAAGUGCAUAAUAUACUUCAUGCCGGAUCAAAAACUGUUGCUCUAUAAAUUUCAUAUCUUUUCCUCAGAUAAGUGGCAAACAAUGUUAUGUCGAUGGUACUGCUCAUGUGUAUAGCGACGGUUAUCAGUUUCUAUCAGGUGGACUGUCAGCUUGUUUGCCAUUCUAAGUUGUAUAAAAAAAUCUGUCAAUAGAAUCAUUAUCGCCAGCGAGCCCAUGAGAUAAAAUAGCGUCGUCCGCUAUCUUGUUCUUUCUCAUACGAGUGCUAACUGAAACGAUCUAUAGAUUUCUUUGCCACUUUAAAAAAAUCUGGUCCCACAUAGGACUGGUGUUACCUGGAGUCUGAGUACUCGGGUAAAGUCUUUGUUUGGUUUCUUUGAACGAUCCCAAAGUAAUCGGGCUGAAGCAAGGAGAGUUUUUGACUAGUUCUGCGUGUUGUACCAAUUAUAGAUACUCAAUGGUUAAGUUUCAGGUAAAAAGGUGAUCAUAAUGCCAUCCUAUUACCUGGGGUUCUGAGAAGUUGUUUCAUUUGAUGCUCAUAGUCAAAUUCUGACAUUGCAUUGAACUGUUUGCUAUCGACAAGACGUUCAAUUCCAUUCGGUUUCAGAGUAUGCAGUGGUCCCUUGUGGAUGUUCAAGUAAUGCAAUCUUUCUACAGAGGUUGCCCUAAAAAUUAUACCAUGAUUUAAAUUUCGUAUAAUAAUGCAAAGAUCAACAAGAUGAAUAAAUUUAUUUCCUCAUAAUUGUGCGGCAACUACUACUACUAAUGAUUGUCUUAAUAAUAGGUUUUGACCUGCGCAGUGUUUAAAGAGACAUUUGAAAAUAAAAUAGCCUAUCGCCUAACCUAGCUAUCCAUAGGCAACGCAUGUUUGUGUAUCUCUAAAUAUUACUGCAUAUUAUAAAUGGAAAAUACAAUAAACAUAUUCAUUUAUGAUAAUUAAUAAUUCGUUACUUGUGGUUGAAUUCGAAGUGUUACUAUAUUUUGUAAUAGAAUAAAUAAAAUAAGUUAUUGUUAAGAAACUUAUUGCGUUUACUUACCUAAUUGAUAAUUAUAUUUUGACAAAUAAUCAUUUCAGUUUUACUUAUUUAGUUUGGGAACAUAUCGAAUUUAAACCAUUAAAAUCUGUCAACAAUUGGCCAAAAUAAUAAUAAGUACCUAAUUAACAAACAUACAAAAGGAAGAAUUGUCUGAUUUGUAUAUUUUUUCCCUUUUAUUCGUCAAAUAGUGUUGAUUCUGUAUUAGGAUUCCUCUAUUAGACACUACUCGAAAUAAAAAAAAAAUUAAGAGGUACGUAAUUUUAUACCAUUCAUGGCAUGAAUAUUGCUCAAAAAAAAAAAAUAGCACCAAAUGUACGUUGAAUGAAAUUAGUCAAAAAAUGUAUUUUAUUUAUUGGUUCUUACAUAAUUAAAAUGCACAAAUAAUAUAAUAUAAUCUAUGAAUGUACCUAAGUAUUAUAGAUCAUUUGAUAUAGAUAAAUUAUAUAAAAACAACUGCUAUGGAAAACAAUAAAACAUUGUAAUUUUUGUGUACUUAUAAUUGUUGUGACAUUUAAUGUUGCUUAUGUAUAAACUGAAUAAAAUUGUACUAAAACACAAA